UCAUCUGCUGGGAUCGCGUUGACUGUUCUCAUUCUGCACUACAAAAAAAUCUAGGAGUUGUAAUCACGUGCCAUUCAAUCAUAUAUAUAUAUACCGAUUCAUGCUUCCAUCCACUUGUGCUGCCAUGUGACUAGGAACAAUGAUUGAAUGCCGAUCUCCUGCCUGACAUGAUGCUCUCCUAAAAACUCCACCGUUCGUGUUCCACAGCCAGGGGGUACGGUCCCAGACAUACGGGCGUUGUCUCACGGUGCAAUGUCCUUGCAAGAAAUAUACGAGGCGGCACGUCAGGAGGUUGAAAAGGUGGCUGGUCACACAAGCUUGAGCGAGACGAACUUUUGUCCAAGCGGAGCACACCACCGCAGCGCGGCCGCUGAGAGAGAACAUCAUUUGUUGCGAGUGACGGAAUUCGGUCUAUCUAUACCCAUUACGGUCAUCUCUACGUGCCUUGGGGUGGCUUUGCUUUGGUAUUCCAACCCUGUGAUAAGAAUUUCCAGCAUGUACAUCGCGAUGCUGAUUACCAUUACUCUUUCGUAUAUGUGUGGACAGCGACGCUGCUUCGGUCUCUGCGCUACCUAUAUCCAUCCAAAGGAAGGCCCAACGCCGUUGUCAAGGGAGAAGUGGCUGGGCCGGGAUGCGCCAGCUGGGGCGCUCGCAUCUGUACACGCACUCUAUAGCGCAGCAAGUCAAGCCUCGAGCGGGCGCUUGCGACAUUUGAGCAGCAUGAGCUUCUCGAUUGCGCUUUAUGGGGGUUGAGUGACUGUUGGCGGCGUCGUGUCUGGUGGGAGAAAGGCGUCUAAUGCCUACCCACCGUGCAGGUCUUUGCUGUGCAUCGUGAGUUGAGCUUGCGUUCGCAUAGCCAGACGAGGCGAAGGAGGAUCCGUGUGCCUUCUGGCAUGCAGGAACGGCAGGCAGAACGAUUCUGUGGACGGUGCCAGGUGUA